UGAGGCCGGAGAGCUGAGCCGGGGCCGGUCUCUGGGGAGAGGGCUCAGGGCCAAGGUCAGGGGACAUACGGAAAGUCUCGGAGCGGCGGCUGUGUACAGCUGAGCUGCCGCGGGGUAACGGCAGCCAGGUUUCUCGGAGGCGGGUCGGUGAAAUUGCCAAGUGUAAAUAGAGUCGGGCCUGGAGCUGGAGCUGCCACUUGAGGAAUUCCCCUGGAUCCAAACUUUAGUUAAUAUUUCUCACUGUUAUCGAUUUUUGAAAAAAGACUGAAGAAACGAAGAUAUAAUCAUGCCAGAAAAGCCUGUAACAGUCGAUAAACAACAGAUUUUGCAAGCAGUGGCACGCUUGCAGUCACAAUUGCGUGAGAAAGGAGAUUCCUCUCAAAAUGAGAAGUUAAAUAUUUUACGUGACACACUUGCAAGCCCCCUGUUUAAUCAAAUACUCACCCUUCAGCAGUCAAUCAAACAGCUUAAGGAUCAGCUGAAUCGCAUGUCCACAAAUGCAUCUCCUAACUUUGACUUUUCCCAAGCGGGGCUUUUGGUGUUCAAUGCAGAUGUUAAUAAGCCAACUUUGGCCAAAGAUACAAAACUGUUUCCAGAUACUUCAAUUUAUGACCAACCAAAAUUCCUACAUAUACCUGAAAGAACAGAGGAUGAGUUCGAAAAAAUUAUUCAAAGUUUGGCUCAGGAAAGGCAAGUUGAACAUAUUGAAUUAAACAAACCGGCAAUGGGAGGUCUAGGAUUCAGUGUGGUUGGUCUGAAGAAUGACAGUAUGGGUGAACUUGGUAUCUUUAUACGAGAAAUACAGAAGGGUAGUAUAGCAGACAGGGAUGGCAGGUUGCAAGAACAAGACCAGAUAUUGGCCUUGAAUCAUAUACCGUUGGAUGAGAACAUUUCCCAUCAAGAAGCCAUUGCACUGCUUCAGCAGACUCAAGGAUCUGUGCAUUUAGUGGUUGCCAGAGGAUCACUUCAAAGGAGAUCUGCCAGUUCAGCAGAAAUAUCGGACUUACACUUUGCUUCACAAUCAAUUAAUUGGCGGCAUGUCGAAGAAAUUGAAUUGGUCAGUGAUGGGUCAGGCUUAGGAUUUGGAAUUGUAGGAGGAAAGCCAACUGGAGUAAUUGUGAAAACAGUCGUACCAGGAGGAUUAGCUGAUCGGGAUGGAAGGCUUAGGACAGGCGAUCAUAUUCUCCAGAUUGGAGGUAUAGAUGUCCAGGGAAUGGGAAGUGAACAGAUUGCCCAGGUAUUGAGAAAUUGUGGUAAUCGAGUCCGAAUGGUAGUAGCAAGAGAUGCAUGUGAAGAUCCUCCUUCCAAACCUCCUGCAGUUGUCCCCACUGUGAUGCCUUCUCAAGCCCAUGCCAAUGUUAUUACUGAAAAUGAUUAUGAUAUUGAAAAUGUUGAACUCAAGAGAGAUGGACAAAGCCUUGGCAUUACUGUUGUUGGUUAUGUUGGUGCAUCCCAUGGUGAUACCUCUGGUAUUUUUGUGAAAAGUAUAAUACCAGGCAGUGCAGCAGAGCAGAGUGGGCGUAUUCAAGUUCGUGACAGGAUCAUUGCAGUUGAUGGAGUUAAUAUUCAGGAAUUUACAAAUCAAGAAGGGAUUGAUGCUUUACGAAACACUGGAAAAACCGUCAACCUUACAAUAGCAAGAAGGAAGAUGGAUAGUGCUCACGGGCAUUAUGAAAAAGCUGAACCAGAUAAUAUAACUCCUGCGGCAAAUGCAGUAAUCACUGAAAGUAGCAUUCAUUCUGCUGUUGAAGAGCAGAGAAAUGCACAGAUGCAGGAACCACAACAUCAAAUUGAUGGAUCCGAACCUAUUCCAUCAAAAGAAGAAUCGAAAUCCAGAUGGGAAAAUUUGUUGGGACCAGAGUACGAAGUGAUGAUGCUUGAUUUGGAGAUUGAGACUGCCAAUAAUAUGGAACUGCAGAAAUACUCCAAGCUGUUACCAGUUCAUGCCCUGAGGUUUGGAGUGGAUCUGGACUCUUUUGAUGGACAUCAUUACAUAUCAUCAAUUGUUCCUGAUGGGCCAAUAGGGCAAACUGGAUUAUUACAAUUAGAAGAUGAAAUUUUAGAGGUGAAUGGAAAGCAGUUAUACGGAAAAUCUCGGCGUGAGGUGGUUUCCUUUCUGAAAGAGGCUGCUCCCCCAUUUACUUUGGUCUGCUGUCGACAACUAUUUGAGGGUGGAAAAGAGAUGCCUGUGGAUGAACCGAGUAUUGUGCGAAGUUCAGCUUCCCAGACUGCAGAAAACAUUGAGCCAGUGAUUAGGCCACCAUCUCCCUGGAAUAGUGAAAGCUGUAUGAGCCAGGUGGACUUGGCUUGUGAAGCAAAUGCAGAAGAAGAUGAAGUUGGGGAGUUAGCUCUGUGGACUUCGAAUGUGAAACUGAUUGAACUGAAUAAGGGUUCAAAAGGCUUAGGUUUCAGCAUCCUGGACUACCAGGAUCCUUUAGAUCCCGCACGCACUGUUAUUGUUAUUCGCUCUUUGGUGGUUGGUGGGGUUGCUGACUGUGAUGGCAGGGUGCUACCUGGGGAUCGGCUCGUCUUUGUGAAUGACCACAAUCUAGAGAAUACUGCUUUGGGGGAAGCUGUUCAGGCUCUGAAAGACGCUCCGACUGGCAUAGUCCGCCUUGGCAUCUGCAAACCAAUGGUGACUGAAGCAAAUGAAAAUGACAAUUCAGACUUAAGUGAUUCAAGUGGUACUGCAGAGAAUGUAAAGUCUGACUCGGAAAUAUUGAAUUUAGUCUAUUCCUCAAACCUGCCAGUACCGCAUGAAUUUGAGGAUACUUCAUUUUCUGAAGAAGAAUUAGUUGAUGAACCUGAGGAGCCUUUACAGUUGUUGAAUUUAAAUCCUGGCGAUGCUAGCAGUGAAGCAGAAGGGUUUUCAAGAGGUCAGUGGAGUUCAAGUAGUGAACAGCAAGAAAUGUCAGUGGAUGAUGAGACUGAGCUGCAUGAAGUGAUGUAUGAAAAUGUUAACAAGCAGUAUUUAAAUGAUCGACUGGAAUAUGCUGAGCUGAAAGACUCAACAAAUAUAAAAACAGUGGAUGAUCAAUUGCUACAUAACAUUUCUCAUUCAUUGCAACAACAUAAAGCAAGAGAGUUCCAUGAAGGUUCUUUGUCUUCCUCUACAUAUGCAGAAGACAGUGACCAAGGGAUGGUUCCUGAAUAUUAUGAAAGAACUGUCACCAUCAUGAGAAAUGGCCUUGACCUAGGCUUGACUGUAAAAAGUGAUCCCAAAGGACCUGGGGCAGUUAUCAAGAGUAUUGAUAGUGAAGGAGCUGCUGGAAAAGAUGGAGAGCUUCAGGAAGGAGAUUAUAUUGUUGCAGUGAACAAGGAAUCCAUAAAUGAUCUAAAUUCUGCUCAGAUGCAUUUUGUCCUUGCCAAUUCAGUCUUAACUGAAGAAACUAUGAUUACUUAUGUGCCUGCAAAAGAUAUGGAUCAUUAUAAAAGGAGCUCUGCAUCGAAACAAUCUCGAACCCUUAAUGCUACACUAUUAGCAACAGAAGCCAGGCUGAAACCUACUGUCAGUGAAUUGCCUGAAAGAGAGGAAGGCGAAGGAGAAGAAACCCCAGUAAUGAGUCACUGGGAGGCACCACGAUGGGUUGAACUUUGGCGAGAACCAGGAGAGUCACUCGGAAUCAGUAUUGUUGGUGGCAAUAAAGUAAUAAAACGACUGAAAAAUGGGGAGGAAUUGAGAGGAAUUUUUAUUAAACAUGUUUUGGAAGAGAGUCCAGCUGGAAGAUCGAAAGCUCUGAAGACAGGGGACAAAAUAAUUGAGGUUUCUGGUGUGGACCUGCAGAAUGCCACACAUGACGAAGCAGUGAAUACCAUAAAAAAUGUGGGAAAUCCAGUUGUUUUUGUUGUUCAAAGCUUAUUGCCCACUCCAAGGCCAUACUCAGUGCAUCAAAGCAAACCUGGACAAAGAGAAGAAAGAGAAAGGAAAAAACUAGUCAAGAGUUUGGGUCCUGACAGAACUGGGAUACCACCACCAAUGCGACUGCCUCCACCUUACAGAGAGCCCAUAAGCAUUCAGCUGUCAAAACCAGACGAAGUGGAACAGGUCUCAGACACUGACAGUGUUCCAAACAGAGGAGUUGAAAGUGACCAAAAGAUCAGGCAAAAAUAUGGAGACCUGCCAGGAGAUCUACAUAUUAUUGAACUUGAAAAGGAUAAGAAUGGUCUGGGACUCAGUCUUGCUGGAAACAAGGACAGGUCUCGUAUGAGCAUCUUUGUAGUUGGCAUCAAUCCUGAUGGUUCUGCAGGAAAGGAUGGGAGAAUACAGAUUGGCGAUGAACUUUUGGAGAUUAAUAGCCAGAUACUUUAUGGAAGAAGCCAUCAAAAUGCAUCAGCAAUUAUAAAGAAUGCUCCAAACAAUGUCAAGAUUGUCCUGAUAAGAAACAAAGAUGCGGUUAACCAAAUGGCAGUUACUCCUUACCCUGUACCAUCUAAUUUACAUGCUGGUGAGAUUCUAGAUACGACAGGAUCCUCUCUGGAACAAUCAUCAGAUUUUUCAAGUUUCAAGAAUGUACAGCAUAUAUUAUUAACAAAGGAUCAGAGUGGACUUGGUCUAGCUAUUAGUGAAGAUAACACAAGUGAAGGUGUCAUCAUUAAAAGCCUUACUGACAAUGGAGCAGCAAUAAAGGAUGGAAGAAUAAAAGUCGGCGAUAGAAUUCUGGCUGUGGAUGAUGAAAACGUAGUGUCACAACCUCCAGAAAAGGCCAUCAACCUUCUCAAAAAAGUAAAAGGAACAGUGAAGUUAACGGUCAGUUGUCAGGACCAGUCCCCACAGCCAUCUCUGGUACCACCACCUUCAUAUCUUAACACAGACGCAGAGGUCUUGGAUCACAAUAACAUAUCAAUAUCUGGAGUGGUACCAGAUCCAGCAACAUGUCCAAUAGUCCCAGGACAGGAAACUACCCUGGAAAUUUCAAAAGGACGUUCUGGACUCGGUCUCAGCAUUGUGGGUGGAAGAGACACUUUGUUGGAUGCAAUAGUUAUUCAUGAAGUAUAUGAAGAGGGUGCAGCUGCUAAAGACAACAGGCUUUGGGCUGGGGAUCAAGUCUUGGAGGUAAAUGGAAUUGAUUUAAGAAACGCAACUCAUGAAGAAGCCAUCACAGCAUUGAGACAGACACCACAAAAAGUACGACUCACUGUUUUCAGAGAUGAAGCACAGUACAAGGAUGAAGAGAAUUUAGAUGUGUUCAUUGCAGAUCUUCAGAAGAAAGUCGGCAGAGGACUUGGCCUCAGCAUUGUAGGGAAAAGGAAUGGCUCGGGGGUAUUUAUCUCAGAUGUUGUUAAAGGUGGAGCUGCUGAACUUGAUGGCAGACUCAUGCAAGGUGACCAAAUCUUGUCAGUAAAUGGAGAGGAUGUACGGAAUGCUUCUCAGGAGACUGUGGCAAUGAUACUUAAGUGUGCCCAAGGAUUGGUUCAGUUGGAAGUCGGUCGCCUGAGGGCAGGAUCAUGGAUUUCAUCAAGGAGAAUAUCACACGGCAGUCAGAUGAGUCAAGUAAGUGCUAUCAGUAAUCCUCCUCCUUUUGGAGCUGCUGUAACCACUUCACAAAAUGUUACUAGCAGCAAGAAGAUUUCAACUGAUACCUCACAAAGAAACUCAGGUUCAGAUACAGGACUAAGAACUGUUGAAAUAACAAGGGGACCAAGUGAUCCAUUGGGAAUUAGCAUUGCAGGAGGAAAAGGGAGUCCUCUAGGUGAUGUGUCUAUCUUCAUUGCCAUGAUUCAAGCCAGUGGAGUGGCAGCACGCACACAAAAGCUAAAGGUUGGGGAUCGGAUUGUCAGCAUUAAUGGCCAACCCUUGGACGGACUGUCUCAUGCGGAAGCAGUUAAUCUGUUGAAGAAUGCCUACGGAAGCAUUAUCCUUCAGGUCAUAGCUGACACAAAUAUCACUGCUAUUGCAAGUCAGCUUGAAAAUUUGUCAACUGGUUCCAACUUGAACUCAGCAUCUGACAAUCGAGCAGAAGAACCUGAACAUCCACAGUGUAUCAACAUAACUUUAGAGAAAGGACCAGAUGGACUGGGAUUCAGUAUUGUUGGAGGACAUGGAAGCCCUCAUGGAGAUCUACCAAUCUACGUUAAAACUGUGUUUGCCAAGGGUGCUGCAACAGAUGAUAGCCGAUUAAAACGAGGGGAUCAAAUCUUAGCUGUAAAUGGGGAAAGUUUGGAGGGUGUCACUCACGAACAGGCUGUUGCUAUUCUGAAACGGCAAAAGGGAACUGUAACGUUAACGGUGCUGUCAUGAAUAUAACAAUGUGGCCAUGUUUAAUAAUGGCAUUUCUGUUCAAAGUCUGCCAGAAAAUAAUGUCACAUUGCCAAAUUUAAGGAUGUUAUUCAACAAAGAUUGAUUUUCGACCUUUUUCUCCCUUUUAACUCAUUAUAUUAAUAACCAAUGUUGGUAUGUUAAAAGAGAGAGAACUAAAUUACAUCGAUCGCUGUGUAUUGAUUUUUAAACAUCUUUCUAAUGAUCCAAUCCAGCUGCAGCUUCUUGACAAAUUUCACAAAGUGCUCUCAUAUUUAAUUAUUCAAUGUAGCUAUAGUAAAUUCCUAGAUCUGUAGUGCCUGAGUCUGGUUUUGGGUACAUGGGGUAAAUAUUAGCUUUAAUCAUAUGGGCAGUGACUUGUUGAUCAGAUCACCUACCCUUUAUAGAACUCAUCUGAUUUUCAUUCCUUUGAAUUUGAUCUGUUAUUUUGUCUGUUAAAUCAUUUAUUUCAC